AAAAAAAACGUAGCUUGGACUUGUAAGCGACUCCUCCACUCUCUCUCUCUCUCUCUCUCUCUCUCUCUCUGAGCUCGCUGUAAUUUAAUAUUGAAAUAAAAUAAUAAACGAAGGAAAGCGAAGGAAGCAAAGAGACAAAGUAGAAAGUAGGAACCGUUUAAUCUUCAUCCGGAGAUUCACUAUAAUUUCCACUGCUCCCUCUCUCUCUAAACGGUUAAGAUUCACUGGCACUAAGCCUUAGGAGUGCUUUGCUAUAAGAAAAACUGAAUCUCCAGACAGCUGGGUUAUUAAUGACCUUAACGGACAAGUAUAUGACCUUACUGAACUGCUUGCGGCUUUGGGACCCACAAUUUAUGUGCAGGUGAUAGCCUCCUGAACUUGGGUUAUUGCGGGUGGUAAUGUGUCCUUUUCUGGUUCAAGGAUAUCUUUGCUGGUGCGUUCUUCUGGGACAUCUUUGUAUAUCUACUCUCUGUCUUAAUUCGGGGCAGUAUAGAGGUGGGGGUUGGUCAGGAAAUUGGCUGCAUAACUCUGGUUCAAUUUUAAGUGAUGAUUCUAGAAGUGGCAUGUCCUACAAUGCCAAAGCAAAGGAAUUUUCUUCCCCAUUCAACAAUUCUGUAUCUUGUGAGGACCUAGAAGGAGUUGGAUCAUUUAAUACCACAUGCUUGCUAAAUUCAAACUUGCAAUUAAAUUCUGAUCACUAUAUAUAUGGUACAGGAAACCUGGAGAUACUCCCCCAUGUUUCAAUUGUCUGUCCCAUAGAAGGCUGUAUGAUUACUUUUAAUAUGACUGGCAGUGUUAACAUUGGUCGGUAUGCAGCUAUUGUUGCUGGAUCAGUUGUUUUUGCUGCUGCUAACUUGACCAUGGAACGUGAUUCUACCAUAAAUACAACUGCCUUAGGGGGAUUGCCACCUCCUCAAACUAGUGGUACACCAGUUGGGUAUGAUGGAGCUGGUGGAGGUCACGGUGGUCGUGGUGCUUCCUGCCUGACAAAGAAUAAGACAAAUAAUUGGGGUGGUGAUGUUUAUGCUUGGUCAACUUUAGCUGAGCCGUGGAGCUAUGGGAGUAAGGGUGGUGGCUCUUCUCUUGACAAUAAAUUUGGAGGGAAUGGUGGAGGACGUGUCAAGCUUCAAGUGAGGGAGCUACUAUACUUGAAUGGAUCUGUCACUGCAGAAGGUGGGGAUGGGGGAUUGAACAGGGGAGGUGGUUCUGGUGGAAGUAUCUUUAUACAUGCUGUAAAGUUGAAGGGAUAUGGUAUUAUAAGCACAGCAGGUGGGAAGGGAAGGGGUGGAGGUGGUGGAGGAAGAAUUUCUCUUGACUGUUACAGCAUACAGGAAGAUGUGAAGGUUACUGUUCAUGGUGGCCUGAGUCUUGGUUGUCCUACAAAUUCUGGUGCAGCUGGAACAUUCUUUAAUGCAGAUUUGCUGAGUUUAAGAGUUGGCAAUGACAAUGUGACAACAGAAACAGAAACCCCUUUACUUGAUUUUCCUACUACACCUCUGUGGUCAAAUGUUUUUGUGGAGAACAAUGCAAAAGUUUUGGUUCCGCUGCUUUGGACGAGAGUGCAGGUCAGGGGCCAACUUGGUGUAUAUCGUGGAGGUAGUAUUGUCUUUGGAUUGUCUGCGUACCCAGUAUCAGAAUUUGAGCUUGUGGCAGAAGAACUUCUGAUGAGUGAUUCCAUAAUAAAGGUAUUUGGUGCAUUUAGAGUUGCUGUCAAAAUGUUACUCAUGUGGAACUCCAAAAUUGAAAUCGAUGGAGGUGGAAACACCUUUGUUAUUGCUUCCAUCCUUGAAGUCAGGAAUCUGAUUGUUCUACGGGCUAAUUCUGUCAUUAGCUCAAAUGCAAACCUGGGGGUGUAUGGGCAGGGGCUACUGAGGUUGACAGGUCAUGGUGAUGCAAUCAAAGGCCAGCGACUCUCCCUGUCUCUCUUUUACAAUAUAACUGUUGGACUAGGUUCAAUACUACAGGCUCCAUUGGGUGAUGAUGCUAGCAGAGAUGUGGUUACACAAUCACUUUGUCAUAGUCAGACAUGCCCAAUAGAUUUGAUCACGCCUCCAGAUGACUGCCAUGUUAAUUAUACGCUUUCCUUUUCACUACAAAUUUGUCGUGUGGAGGACCUCCUUGUGAGUGGCAUUGUCAAGGGGAGUAUUAUUCACAUCCACAGGGCAAGAACCAUCAUUGUUGAUACUAGUGGCUUGAUUACUUCAUCUGGAUUAGGUUGCAGUGAAGGUGUUGGAAAAGGAAAUUAUUCUAAUGGAGCUGGCAGUGGAGCUGGUCAUGGAGGACGAGGGGGUUCAGGAUAUUUUAAUGGGAUUGUGAGUGAUGGUGGUAAUAAAUAUGGUGAUGCUGAUCUUCCCUGUGAGUUGGGAAGUGGAACUGAGGGUCCUGAUCAGUCCUAUGGAAAUGUGGUUGGAGGGGGAAUGAUUGUAAUGGGUUCCAUCCAAUGGCCACUUCUAAGGCUUGACCUUCACGGAUCUAUGAAGGCUGAUGGUCAAAGCUUUGAUAAAGCAUCAAUAAAUAGUAAUCGUUCUUUGGUUGGUGGGCUUGGCGGAGGUUCGGGCGGGACAAUUCUUCUUUUCCUCCAGGAGCUUGUGCUUGCAGAUAAUUCAUGUUUAUCUGUCCUUGGAGGAAGUGGAGGUCCUCUUGGUGGUGGUGGAGGUGGGGGCGGGAGAGUUCAUUUUCAUUGGUCUAAGAUAGAAAGCGGGGAUGAAUAUUUUCCAGUUGCAAGUAUAGGUGGUUCAAUCAACAGUAGUGGAGGCGCUGGCAAUAAUGGGGGCCUUUUUGGAGAAGGCGGCACUGUUACUGGAAAAACAUGCCCAAAAGGUCUCUAUGGUACAUUCUGUAAGGAAUGCCCUGUUGGCACUUAUAAAGAAGUUGAAGGCUCUGAUGAAAGUCUUUGCAUUCCUUGCUCUUUCGAGCGUCUCCCUAAUCGUGCGAAUUUCAUAUAUGUCCGAGGAGGAGUUAGUCAGCCACCUUGUCCCUAUAGAUGCAUAUCUGACAAAUACAGGAUGCCAAAUUGUUAUACUCCUCUUGAGGAACUGAUAUAUACAUUUGGAGGUCCUUGGCCGUUUUCCCUUUUUCUGUCCUGCCUCUUGGUGCUUCUAGCUCUGUUAUUGAGUACUCUGAGAAUAAAAUUGGUUGGAUCAGGAUCUUCUUAUGGUGCACACUCAAUUGAGCACCAAAGUCAUCACCAUUUUCCACAUCUCCUUUCCCUAUCAGAGGUGCGAGGAGCUAGAGCUGAAGAAACUCAGAGCCACGUCUACAGAAUGUACUUUAUGGGUCCAAAUGCUUUUAGGGAACCCUGGCAUCUUCCUUACUCUCCUCCUAAUGCAAUUAUUGAGAUUGUGUAUGAAGAUGCUUUUAACAGAUUUAUUGAUGAGAUAAACUCUGUUGCUGCAUAUGAUUGGUGGGAAGGUUCAGUCCACAGCAUACUUUCUGUGCUUGCCUAUCCUUGUGCCUGGUCUUGGAAACAGUGGCGUCGGAGGAAUAAAAUUCACCGACUUCAGGAAUAUGUCAAAUCUGAGUAUGACCAUUCUUGUCUCCGCUCUUGCCGAUCACGAGCUCUUUAUAAAGGGAUGAAGGUUGGAGCAACACCAGAUUUGAUGGUUGCAUACAUAGAUUUUUUCCUUGGUGGGGAUGAGAAACGCUUAGAUAUUGUAUCUAUAAUACAAAAGAGAUUCCCCAUGUGCAUAAUUUUUGGUGGGGAUGGGAGCUAUAUGUCCCCUUAUAGUCUUCAUAGUGACACAUUGCUGACUAAUCUUCUUGGACAGCAUGUCCCAGCUUCUGUCUGGAAUCGUUUGGUGGCUGGUUUAAAUGCUCAGUUGAGGACUGUGAGGCAUGGCUCUAUCCGUUCUGCAUUGCUCCCAGUCAUUGAUUGGAUCAGUAGUCAUGCAAAUCCCCAACUUGACUUCCAUGGGGUUAAGAUAGAUCUUGGAUGGUUCCAAGCUACUGCAUCUGGUUACUAUCAGUUGGGUAUCUUGGUAAUGGUUGGUGAACAUUCUUUUUACAGUAUGAACCAGUCUGAUUUGUUAGAUAGAAGCAAUGAUGAAUGCAUAAGGAAGAAUGCCUUGUGUACGAGCAAAAGUUUAAAGCAACUACAGCAGGAUCGUCCGUACAUGAGUCAAGUUUUGUCUCGUAAAAAGAUGACUGGAGGAAUCAAUGGUGGUCUCAUAAAUGAUGCAACUUUGAAAUCUUUGGAGUUUAGAAGGGACUUUCUCUUUCCAUUUUCUCUCUUACUGCACAAUACAAGACCUGUUGGAAGACAGGACACGCUUCAGCUUUUCAUAACUAUCAUCCUUUUGGCAGAUCUUUCUGUUACCCUUCUUGCUUUACUUCAGUUCUAUUGGAUUUCUCUUGGUGCUUUCCUUGCUGUCCUCCUCAUUCUUCCUCUAUCUUUGCUUUCGCCAUUUCCAGCUGGCUUGAAUGCCUUAUUCAGCAGAGAACCUAGAAGAGCUUCACUUUCUCGUAUAUAUGCAUUGUGGAAUGCCACAUCUCUGUCCAACAUUGCUGUGGCCUUCAUCUGUGGCAUAGUUCAUAGUGGAUUUUCUUCUUUCCAGCCACCUGAUAAGGAAAACAAAUGGAACAUUAGAAGAGAGGACGAUAAAUGGUGGCUGUUGCCAACAAUCCUUUUGCUAUUGAAAUCAAUUCAAGCUCGUUUUGUCGAUUGGCACAUUGCUAAUCUAGAAAUGCAAGACUUCUCUUUGUUCUGCCCAGAUCCAGAUGCUUUUUGGGCCCAUGAAUCCACUUGAUUUCAAUGUUCAACGACUGUUAUCUGGACUAGUCAAUGUUAAAAAGAAGUGGCUUUUAUCUUCUGCUUCAUCCCAGGUGUGAUUGCUUUGCUGUGUAAAUUUGUUCUCACUUUGUGUAAAGCAUUGGUUAUAGCUUGUUCAGCUUUUCUCCUCCUGUAAAGUAUGGUAGAGUUGGUCAUAGCAAAUUUCUCAUUUCAUUGUCUAUAGAAACUACACUGGGUUGAUAUUAUUUAAGAAAAAAAAUUUUGGCGUUCGUCUUUGUUA